AUGAUCCCCCCUCGCAAUUCUCUCCUUCUUGUGAAUCUUUUUGCCGAUGCUACUGGCACUCAGUCUGCCGACAAAAGAACAUUGACCGAACGAAUUCUGCCCGGGGAUACAUCGCGCGACCAUGACAGCAGUAUGCCACUCUCGGCACGAUCUGGCAUUCAACGAAUUCGCUCGCGAGUUGCCUGUCAGGCCUGCAAUAAGCGAAAGGUCAAGUGCGAUGUCGCUGGAACCAGCCCUCCCUGUUCCAACUGCCAGCGUGGCGGCGAAGACUGCAUAGUCCUCCCGCGCAAGAAAUAUCGACCUCGUCAACCACAUACCAAGUCGACUUCUUCUCCAGACAGAGACGAGGCUUCUCACCAUUCUGCAACACGAGAUGCUGGAUACAAUACACGUUCCACAUUUGAGGAGUCGAGCGUUGCCUUGCAAUCCAGACCGGUAAACAGUUUGACCAGAAGCGAAGAUAACCAUGAGAAAGGGGUGGGGGAUGACCCCAAAUUGCCUGAUGAUAGCCCAGAUACAUAUCUAGGAGAUAAACGUGGACCGCGCUGUACCGUGUACGAUAUCUGUGACGCAGUCUCUCCACAGGACUCCCUACCAUACCAGCCGCCGAAAGGUGCCCUCCAUACUUUGCACAAGCCACAUCAAGUGGAAUACAUGCGCUCAGAAGGAGUCUUGACCACAUUGCCUGCAGAUGCCUGCGAUGACAUGAUCUGGACCUACUUUAAGCAUGUCCACUUCUUCCUACCGAUAGUGGAUGCUGAAGGCUUUCUCAAUGAUUAUCACGGACAGGGGCCGCACAAAAAGCACGAUCUUCUGUUUUGGAGUAUGAUGUUGGCAGCAACAAAUUUUGCAGAUGCCGACCUUCUGAGACGAUUCGACUUUCCAUCCCGGAAAGCUAUGAAGACUGCCAUGUAUGAACGCGCCAAGUGCCUAUAUGACCUCGAUCGAGCUACUGAGAAGCUGAAACUGAUCCAGUCAGUUAUGUUGUUAAGCUUCUGGUACACAGACCCGCAGGACCACACAGGAGCAUGGUACUGGAUUGGUAUUGCCAUAUCCCUAGCACAAGGCAUCGGUCUCCACCGAAACCCUCGAUCCAGUACUCGCGCCCGACAGAUACAUCCUCAGGAACAAGCAUUGAGGCGCCGUAUCUGGUGGUCGUGUGUGGUCAGAGAUCGCUGGGUCUCGUUAGCCAAGGGGCGCCCCAUGCGAAUCCAUAGUGAGGACUGCGACCUCCCAUUUCCUACCUCCCAAGAUGUCCUCCAAGAACUGGAAUGUGUCGCCGAUGAGGCAAAGAGACGGUUUAUUCCGGCUGACUCUGCGGCCUUGACGAGUCUCUGGCUCCGACUCGUCCGUAUCAGCGACGUUCUCGGCGGUAUACUUCGACUCCAUUAUCGCGUGAGCGGACCAGACCCAACCGUGGAUGAUAUUGACAAGUAUGCUCAGCAAAUCGAAUCAUUGUCAGCCACAAACUCCGGGAUUAUGGGGACGCCUCUAGACUGGCACAAAGUGGCUUUGCGCCGUGCUCGUGAUGCUGCGGCAAAUACAAAUGCCCUAUUACAGAGGCUCAUAGAGCUUGACGCUAUAGAGUACUUGAAACCAAUGAUAAUCACCGCCAUCAUCCCCGCCAUGCAGAUUCACCUGUCGGACUGCAAAUCGACCAAGGCUCUGAUACGUGCUCUUGCAACCCAUAAAAUGCAGUUAUGCACGCUUGUGCUCUCCAACCUCAGAGUGACAUAUUGGAGCGCCGAUGUAAUGUACAAGUUAUUUGAUCGGGCUCAAAAGAUCCUGGACAAGACAAGAGCCUCACAAUCGAGCUCAUCUGAUCUUUCGGAUCCUGAGCCACAUUUAGCAGCUUCGGCCCAGCAAAGCACCAACACGGGUCUAGUGGAGCCUCAGGCCCAUACUUCGAUGGACAAUCAGUGCCAGGCAGACGGCCUUCUAAUGACAGACUUGAAUGUAAUGCCCCAAGAUACUGAACAGCUGUGGUACUCGGUUUCGCCGCAAUUUAGCAACUUGGACCAGCUCCUUAGUCCCGGCUUUUCACUAUCUGAAGAUGUCUUCCAGCACUUCUUCUCCAAUUCCGAUGCCGGUGUACACGGCCAACGCGUGUCGUCAAUGGCGAGUGAGCCGGUAGAUGACGUGUUGUAUUACAAUAUUCCAUUCUAG